AUGAUGGUGAACACCUUCCCUUUCUGCGAAGAAUCUAAAUUGAGGGACAAAGUGAUAUGGCGGUGUACUUCCAAAAAGACUAAUUGCAAGGCCAGGAUACAUAUGCUCGGUGCAAAUGUGGUAGCAGUAAAAGGCAUGCACAAUCACCCUCCGAGGGCUCUCUGCCUGCCUGCUCGACGACCGAACGCGCGCAAACAAACUGACGCCGCUCCAAGCGCAGUGACCGCGCCGACACCUAUCACUAUCACCAACAUCGACGCAUUAACCAUACAAUCCACAGAGAUUGAAUGA